GCACACCAUGUCUCCAGGCACCAACUCCUCAGAGGUGACCGAGUUCAUCCUGGGGGGCUUCCCGGGCUCGCGGGGCCUCCACGGGGGCCUGCUGGGGCUGUUCCUGCUGGCCUACCUGCUGACCGUCACCGAGAACCUGCUCAUCGCGGCCGUGAUCUGCACCAGCCCCCUGCUGCACAAGCCCAUGUACAUCUUCCUGGGCAACCUGUCCUUCCUGGAGGUGGGGUACGUCUCCGUCACGGUGCCCAAGAUGCUGCUCAGCCUGGCGGCGCCCGAAUUCCGCCGCAUCUCCUUCGCAGGCUGCAUGGCGCAGCUAUACUUCUUCCUGGCGCUGGCCUGCACCGAGUGCACGCUCCUGGGCGUCAUGGCCUAUGACCGCUACGUGGCCAUCUGCCGUCCCCUGCGCUACCCGGCCGUCAUGAGCCCCAGCCUCUGCAGCCUCUUGGCCACAGGUUCCUGGCUCUCGGGCUUCACCGUCUCCAUGGGAAAGGUCUUCUUCAUCUCGCGCCUGGGCUACUGCGGCCCCAAUGUCGUGAACCACUUCUUCUGCGACGUGUCCCCCCUGCUGAACCUGGCCUGCUCCGACAUGUCCCUGGCAGAGCUCGUGGACUUCCUCCUGGCACUGCUCAUCCUGCUGGGGCCCCUGCUGCUCACCGUCUCCUCCUACUGCGCCAUCAUCAGCGCCGUGCUGGGCAUCCCCUCCACCGCCGGCCGCCGCAAGGCCUUCUCCACCUGCGCCUCGCACCUGGCCGUGGUGCUCAUCUUCUACUCGGCCUCCCUCUUCAUCUACGCCCGGCCUCGCGCCGUCAGCUCCUUCGACCUCCACAAGCUGGUGUCCGUGGUCUACACGGUGCUCACGCCCCUGCUCAACCCCAUCAUCUACUGCCUGCGGAACCGGGAGGUCAAGGCGGCCCUGCACAGGGCGGGGCAGAGGGCGGCCGGGGCCCUGGGCACCUCCUCCUGGGAUGCGCUGUGGGCCAGCUCCCGCCCGUCCCCAGGACCACCCCCGGGACCCACCCCUGGACCCCUCUCUUAUGCUCCCCCCGCUCGGCACCCGUGCACCAGCUCUGCGGCUGACCGGCCCUGUGCUGACCGAUGA